AUGGACAUCCCUUGGUGUACCAUAGGGGAUUUUAAUGUUAUUACAUCUACUGAGGAAAAGUAUGGAGGUAUACCUUACAACAUGAACAAAAGUCUAGAUUUCAUUAGUACUAUUGAGGCAAGUGGACUAGUCGAUAUUGGGUAUAGUGGUCAGCAUUAUACUUGGUGUAAUCAGAGGGCUGAAGAGGCUAGAGUGUGGAAAAGGCUGGACAGAGCUAUGGUCAAUGAUAAGUGGCUGGAGCUUAUGCCCCAAACUACCAUUACUCACCUUCCUUCUGUUGGUUCUUAUCACUGUCCAUUACUCAUGGAAAUGGAAGUUAGACUCGAGCACAAAAUCAAGGUGCUGGCAGAAGAAAAUCUCUGGGAAUCCUAUGUGGAGACUACAGCAGAAGUGAAAUUACUAGCUUCCACUUUGAGUACUUGGUCCAAGAAGGAAUAUGGAAAUAUUUUCUCUAGUGUUAUUAAUUUUGAGGAGCAAUUAAAAGUUGCUGAAGAAGAUGUCAUACAACAAAACACUGAAGAAAAUAGAACCAAGCUUCAUCUUAUCAUUGCUCAAUACAUCAAGUAUCUUAAAUUGGAAGCUUCCAUCCUCAAACAGAAAACGCAACUCCAAUGGUUCAAGGAGGGAGAUACUAAUUCUAAGUAUUUCCACUCCAUAAUGAGGGGUAGGAGGAGAAAUCUAUUCAUCCACGAAAUCGGCCAUGAAGAAAGCAUCAGGGAAGAAAUUCUUAAUUGCAUUCCUAGAAUGGUAACAGAAGAACAAAAUCAGACACUCCAACAGAUGCCUAAUCUGGAAGAAUUGACUCAAGUGGUGUUCUCCAUGAACCCCAAUUCUACAGCUGGUCCGGAUGGUUUUGGAGGAAAAUUCUAUCAACAUUGCUGGGAAAUUAUCAAAGAAGAUGUGUUGAGUGUUGUCCAAUAUUUCUUCUGUGGUUAUACUAUGCCUAAGUUCAUUUCUCAUGCUUGCCUGCCCCCUAUUCUACCUCAGUUUAUUUUUGAAAACCAAUCUAGUUUUGUUAAGGGUCGGAGCAUAUCUGAGAAUAUUAUGAUUGCUCAGGAAAUCACUCAUGGUAUUAAAAACCCCAAUGAAGGUGACAAUGUGAGAAGUCACUGGUUUCAAUCAGAAACUAGCCCUAUUACUUACCUUGGUUGUCCCCUAUACAUUGGAGGGCAGAGAAUUAUUUAUUAUUCUGACUUGGUGGCUAAAAUUACAAGGAAAAUUUUUGGAUGGCAAUCUAGAAUGUUAAGCUUUGGGGGCAAAGCCACUAUGGUGAAACAUGUCCUCCAAUCAAUCCCCAUACAUACAAUGUCAGCUAUUUCUCCUCCUAAAACCACCAUAAGAUAUAUGAAGAGAGCUAUAGCUGAUUUUUUUUUGGCCUGGGACAAGGAAAAAAGGAAAUAUCAUUGGGCUUCUUGGGAUAAAUUGAGUCUACCUUAUGAUGAAGGAGGUAUUGGAGUAACAAAACUUGAAGAUAUAUGCACCUCUCUUCAAUUCAAGCAAUGGUGGAUUUUCAGAAUUAAACAAACCUUAUGGGGGCAGUUUCUGAGGGCUAAAUACUGCCAAAGGGCUCACCCUGUGGCCAAAAAACUUGAUACAGGACAAUCCUUGGUCUGGAACUUUAUGAUGAAAAAUAAAGGCAUUGCCGAGGCUUAA